AUGCUGUAUUCAUUGAAAGAUCAUAAUUACAUAAAGUCAGAUGUAGAAAUACAAUUAGGCUUUAAUUAGAUUUCUGAACUUUAUUUAGAAAAUUUGAUAGAAACUAAGCAUAUAAAUCAAUUAAUUGAUUUUUAUUUUUAACACUCUCUCAAACUUCUUAAUCAAUAUAAAAAUUCUAUUAAAUAAAUAGUUAUUAAAAAAAGAGGAUUCAUAUGCAAAAAUUGUAGCUGA